AUGUGGGAGAAGGGGGGAUCGCUGAGCAGGGGCUUCCUCCGCCUCCGCCACCACCGCCAUGGCUACUCCGGUGGCUUCUACCUCCAUGACCAGCGCUUCGCCGGCGGCCUUGCGGGCCCUCUGGGCCUCCGUCGUCCUCUGGAGGGAAGCUCCGCCCUCGCCGGAGGCCUGAGGGGCCCGAUCUUUCCCUUAGGAUGCCGUUCUCUGAGCUCCGGUGGAAAAUACGCCACUGCGCGGAAGGAGAGCGACGAGGAGGGUCCCCCUGCGCCCUCAGGCGGUGACAUGGUUUCGGAGUCUGGGAAGGAGGAGAGAGUGUCAAGCUACUGGGGCGUGAUGCGGCCCAGGGUCACCAAGAAAGAUGGCACGGCGUGGCCGUGGAAUUGCUUCAUGGUGACUUAGAGUUUGAUUUUUCUUUUUUCCCUCUCUGAUUCUAUUUCCAGGGCUAUAUUCUGAAGUAUGAUCCGUUUUUCGAUUUCCUUACUCCCUGCUGCAGCCGUGGGACACUUACAGCGCCGAUUUGUCAAUAGAUCUUUCAAAGCACCACGUUCCAAAGACAUUCACGGACAAGUUUGCUUACCGAACGGUGAAGAUUCUCAGGAUCCCAACAGAUAUUUUUUUCCAGGUCAAGAUUCGUAUCCAUAUUGAAAUUUACUUUUGUCAAUGAUAUUUUGCAUUGAUUCUGUUUUUUUUUAAUCGAUAUGAUUUUUACAAUGUUUUUAUUUGAUUAUUAUGGCUGAUAUCUUAAUUUCUGUUAAGUUCUUGACAUGAUUUCUUAAGUUGCAUCGGAAACUCACUGUUCUCGUUAUGCCUUCUUCUUCUUCUUCUUCUUCUUCUUCUUCUUCUUCUUCUCAUCUAUGCUAAAUAGCCAUUUACGAAAAUAUGAAUCCAUCUCCUUUAUUUUUUCUCAUCACACGAUACCAGGAAUUCAUGUGUCUGGUGAUGUUUAGAUGGGACCAUUAAGCGCACGAUUUGAUCAUCUGUUCUUCUACGAAGAAAUUCUGUCUGUGUUUUCUUCCCAUGAAGGCAACUUUGAUCCAGCACGAAUACAUUCCAUCCAUUUGGAAUACCGACUGAAUCAUUCAAUCUCUGCCUUCAUGAACUGUAGAUGUAUUGAGCCUAUUCGACAUCCAAAUCAUUGUCUCAUUUCCUCAUCUGAGGCAGGACAUACAAUCUAGGAAUCUCAUCAACAGCUCAUGGAGGUAGACUUUGAAUGAUUCAAUGGGUAUCAUAAAUGCCCAGAGUCUACUCAGAGUGAAAGAAACCGUCAACAGAGCUCCUUCAUAGAAGAACAGAAGAUCCAAUCGCAUGCUUUUAAUGGGAAUAAGAAAAAUAGGAAUUUUCUUCCACAGCUCAUGGCACAAUCAGGGCUUGACUGAUUCGUUCCCACAAAAACAGAGGCGGUAUGGGUGCCGGGCGAUGAUGCUGGAGACAGUGGCAGCUGUGCCAGGCAUGGUUGGUGGCAUGCUCCUCCACCUCAAGUCCCUCCGGCGAUUCCAGCACAGCGGUGGCUGGAUCAAGGCCCUGCUGGAGGAGGCAGAAAAUGAGCGGAUGCACCUGAUGACCAUGGUGGAGAUCGUCCAGCCCAAGUGGUAUGAGCGGGCACUGGUCCUCACUGUCCAGGGGGUCUUCUUCAAUCUCUAUUUCCUCCUCUACCUGCUGUCCCCGAAGCUGGCACACAGGAUUGUCGGGUACCUGGAGGAGGAGGCGAUCCACUCCUACACAGAGUUCUUGAAGGAGAUUGACAGAGGCACCAUCAAGAACAUUCCAGCGCCUGCCAUCGCAAGGGACUACUGGCGGCUGCCCGAGAACGCCACCCUGAGAGAUGUUGUGGUGGUCGUCAGGGCGGAUGAGGCCCACCACCGGGAUGUUAACCACUUUGCUGCUGUGAGUAUAACUUCGGCUCCUUCUUUCUGGUCCUUUAUUUGAUGCCAUUGAUAUGUUUUUUCAUGGAAAAUAUUGCCUAAUUAGGCAGUUGAAAGAUUCUAGGAUUGUACCCGUUUGAGUAGAGGGGGGAUUGGUGACAAUAUAGGAUCAUUCCAUUUGAAUCAGGCUCACCAUGGUUUCAUAUUUUAUGGUAUAAUGUCUAGCAAUGAAGGUGGGUUUUUUUCUUCAGAUUAUUCAUACUUUGAUUUGUAGGGGGAGAGAUUGCCAUAUUUAGAAUUGAAGGUGGGUUUCCCUAAUGAUUGGCAAUGGUUGACCUUUGACAUGUUGCUUAUUAGAGAGAGACAGAGACAGAGACAGAGAGAGCACCACCCGUCUAAGAUUAUCCAUGGUACCUUGUUUCUAGAUAGAUAGAUAGAUAGAUAGAGGGAGGGAGGGAGAGAGAGAGAGAGAGUAGGCAUGGCAUCUAGGUGUAGGUGUUCUCCCAUGAUUGGCAUCUAUAAUGCCCUAUGAAUCAGAGCCUCAACUAUCGUCUCCUAUAUUUAUUGUGCUUUCUUGAUCGCCGGGGUUCGAAGCCCCUGAAGGGGCUGAUCGCCCUCUGAUAUUCUCACUCCUUUGGCCUCCUCCCCAGGACGUCCAUUUCCAAGGGAAAGAGCUGAGGGACGCGCCCGCCCCUCUCGGGUACCACUGA